AGUGCAGCCAUCGUCCCGUUUGCAGACGGUUGUUGUCGCUCAGCAUCUCAGCCCUAAGGAGCCUAACUCCGAGAAGCCUUGUGUAUGCCGACUAGGGGAGGGGGCUCUACUACCUUACCCCGAGCCGGUAGUGCUGCGGAAUCCGGGAGGGGGGCUUCUUAACCCGGGUUCGCUCUGCCGUUGAGCCGUGCCUGGUACUGAGGCGGGGACAAGCCAGACCUGGGCCGUGGGCCCAAGGACGCCCAGGUUUGUGAGGGGCGGGGCAGCGCCGGGUGUCCAGUGCGCGCAUGCGCAGGGUGUAGGCGGGAAGCUGGAAGCGAGUGCUCAGACCCUCAGGACCCUGCCCUGUCCGGAGGAGAGCAUGGAAGAGCCGGAUGAGAAGCCUCCCGGGCCCCUAAAGGCCUGUGUGCAGGACUCUCUCCUUCCUCAAGAGAUUAUCAUCAAGGUUGAGGGAGAAGACACUGGAUCACUGGCCAUCCCGUCCCAGGAAGGAGUGAACUUCAAAACUGUAACUGUGGACUACACUCAGGAGGAACAGGGCACUUUGAGCUCUGCUCAGAAGACCUUGGAUAGAGACGUGAUAUUGGAGAACCACAAGGACCUGGUCUCCUGGGACUUGGCAGCUGCACUUGGAAGAAGAGAAUCAACUUCAAAGCACGGCACUUUUGAUGAAGAAUCACCCCAUGGAGUGAAGAUAGAAGGAUUGACAAGGGAUGAUCCUUGGUUGUCUUCAUGUGGAAAAAUCCGAGAUUGUAAGGACCAAUUGGAGAAGCAACAGGAAAAACAAGACAGACUUUUGCAGGAACUGGCUUUCACCCAAAGGAAAGCGGUUAUUUAUGAGAAGGUCUGUAAGAGCGAUGAACUUGAGGAUAAGAGUGGUCUGAAUUCCAGUCUUCUUUCAUCCCAAGUGAUACCCAUAAGGAAACAUUUUCAUAAACAUGCCUCAAAUGUUAAAAAGUUAUAUCAUAAUUCUGUUGUAAACAAUCAUCAGAAGAUUGAUGACAGCAAGAAAUUAUGUGAAAAUAAUGAAUGUGGAAACCUCCCCCAGAGCAUUCACCUUAUUCAGCUUACAAGAACUCAAACAGAAGAUAAAUCCUGUGGAUUUAGUGAUAGUAUUAAAUCUUUUAGCCAUAUUACACCCCUAAAUAUACGUGAGAAAAUUCAUGCAGGAGGAAAAACCUUUGAUUUUAAGGAAUGUGGGCAAGUUUUGAACCACAGUAUAUCCUGUAGUGAACAGAGAAUUCCUGUUGAAGAGAAUCAAUAUAUAUGUAGUAAGGCCUCCCAGAGCUCAUCCCUUGCUCAAAACAUGAGAAACCAUCCUGAAGAAAAGCCCUUUGAAUGUAAUCAGUGUGGGAAAUCCUUCAGCUGGAGUUCUCACCUGGUAGCACACCAGAGAACUCACACGGGGGAGAAACCUUAUGAAUGUAAUGAAUGUGGGAAAUCUUUUAGCCGGAGCUCUCACCUUGUUUCCCAUCAGAGAACUCACACUGGAGAGAAACCUUAUAGAUGUAAUCAAUGUGGGAAAUCUUUUAGCCAGAGCUAUGUCCUUGUUGUGCAUCAAAGAACUCAUACAGGAGAGAAACCUUAUGAAUGCAAUCAAUGUGGAAAGUCAUUCAGGCAGAGCUAUAAACUUAUUGCACAUCAAAGAACCCAUACUGGAGAGAAACCCUACGAAUGCAAUGAAUGUGGGAAGUCAUUUAUCCAGAGCUAUAAACUUAUUGCACAUCAAAGAAUUCAUACUGGAGAGAAGCCCUAUGAAUGUAAUCAAUGUGGAAAGUCCUUCAGUCAAAGUUAUAAACUUGUUGCCCAUCAGAGAACUCACACAGGAGAAAAACCCUUUGAAUGUAAUCAGUGUGGGAAAUGCUUCAGCUGGAGCUCUCAGCUUGUUGCACAUCAAAGAACUCAUACCGGAGAGAAACCCUAUGAAUGUAAUGAAUGUGGAAAAUCUUUCAACCGCAGCUCUCACCUUGUUAUGCAUCAGCGAACACACACUGGAGAAAAACCCUAUGAAUGUAAUCAGUGUGGGAAAUCCUUCAGCCAGAGUUAUGUUCUAGUUGUACAUCAGAGAACUCACACUGGAGAAAAGCCCUAUGAAUGCAAUCAGUGUGGGAAAUCCUUUAGGCAGAGCUCAUGCCUUACACAACACCAGAGAACUCAUACUGGAGAGAAACCCUAUGAAUGUAAUCAGUGUGGAAAAACCUUCAGUUUGAGUGCUCGACUUAUUGUACAUCAAAGAACUCAUACUGGAGAGAAACCCUUUACAUGCAAUCAAUGUGGGAAAGCUUUCAUUAAUAGCUCUAAACUUAUUAGGCAUCAGGCGACUCAUGCUAAGGAGAAACCAUAUGAAUGUAACUAGUGUGGAGAGUGUUCAGGCAGAGUAUAUUUGUUUUCUUUUUAA